AUGAAGUUCUUCGCCGCCGCUCUCCUGACCAGCCUGGUCUCCGGUGCCAUUGCCGCCCCAUCAAACAACACGGCCUCGGACGUCGGCCAAAAGAUCCUUUCGACCGCCAUGACGGCCAAGGACACUCCCUACGCCUGGGGUGGUGGCUCCUGCAAAGGUCCCAGUCAUGACCAGCCCCCUUACCAGUACGGCGAUGUGGGCUACGACUGCUCAGGACUGGUGUGCUGGGCCGUCUGCAAGGUGACGGGCCGGGACCUGUUCAGCGAGGAGCUGCGCGUCACGUCGUCCAUGUACUGUGCUUCGGAGAAGAAGUUGGGGUACAAGAAAUACCCCUACUCGCAGCGCAAGGCCGGAGACGCCGUUUUCUUUGGUGGCAAAUGUGACUGCAAGGACACCGAAAGCAUCCACCAUGUUGGGCUGAUGAUGGACUCGGGCGAUCGUAUGUGGAAUGCUCCUAACGAUCGCGUCAACAAGGUCCAGGAGAAUAGCAUCAAGGGGUUCGGGGAGCAGCCGUGUCCCUACGUUAUUCGCUUCACCCAGUAA